UCUCCUUUUACAGGGUGUGUGAGAGAGAGGGGAUGGCUGCGGGGGAGAGAUAGACAGAUAGACAGACAGAUAAAAAGAUUUUCUGUGGAAGAGAGAUAGAAAACACAAAGAAACAAGACAAAGUACAGAAAGAGAGAGAAAAUGGAUUCCUUGGCGUUAGAGGCCUCUCAACCCAAGCGGGCUCCGAAUCUCCCCAUGCUCGCAGGCCUCCCGGGGCCAAUGCCAACCAAACGCAAACCCACCAAGAAAACUAAAAAAGCUGUUGUCUUUUUCGAGGUGGAGAUUUUGGAUGCCAAGACGAAGGACAAGCUCUGCUUCUUGGACAAGGUGGAGCCAAAUGCAACUAUUGGAGAGAUCAAGUCUAUGUUCCAUAAGAGCCACCCACAGUUUUAUCCCGCCAGACAGUCCAUCCGUCUCGACGCCAAGGGAAAAUCUCUGAAGGAUGAAGACGUGCUCCAGCACCUUCCUGUGGGAACCACGGCAACCUUCUACUUCAGAGACCUGGGAGCUCAGAUCAGCUGGGUCACGGUGUUUUUAACAGAAUACGCCGGCCCGCUGAUCAUCUACCUGAUGUUUUAUUUCCGCGUGCCGUUUAUCUACCCGCCCAAAUACGACUUCACCACGAGCAAGCACUGGGUCGUACACUUGGCGUGUAUGUGCCACUCCUUCCACUACGUCAAGAGACUCCUAGAGACACUGUUCGUCCACCGCUUCUCUCACGGGACGAUGCCGCUACGCAAUAUCUUUAAGAACUGUACAUACUACUGGGGAUUUGCAGCAUGGAUGGCUUACUACAUCAACCACCCGCUAUACACGCCACCUACCUACGGAGAGCAGCAGGUACAAGUGGCCCUCAUUAUUUUUCUGUUCUGCCAGAUCGGGAACUUCUCCAUCCAUAUCGCACUGAGAAACCUGCGACCACCAGGAUCUAAAACUCGGAAGAUCCCGUAUCCGACCAGGAACCCCUUCACCUGGAUCUUUCUGCUCGUGUCCUGCCCUAACUACACAUACGAGUUGGGCUCAUGGCUGGGCUUCACCGUUAUGACUCAGUGUCUGCCUGUGGCCUUCUUCACCCUGGUGGGCUUCAUCCAGAUGACCGUGUGGGCUAAAGGGAAACACCGCAGCUACCUGAAGGAGUUCCGCGACUACCCGCGUCUGCGUUCCCCCAUCCUGCCCUUCGUCCUGUAAUCCCGCCCCCCCCUUCCCUCUGAACCAAUCAGCUUCAAAAUCAGCAUUACGCACUUCCUGGUCCUCAGCACACCCUUCACCAGACGAAGAAGUGGUUUUCACUGACAGUUUUAUUAUCUCGGUCUGUUCAUAAUCCUGAUUGUAAACGAUUAACCCCAUCCUGUCUGUCCAGUGACGGUGAGAUCCUGGACUUGAGCAUUGCGCAGCUUCUGGAUCACUCAGAUGAUGUUAAUUUAGUAACCCACAGUAACUGUUGUGUUUAACACUGUUGUAGACUAAACCGUAUUUUUUUUUUGUUUCUGUUUUCUCAAGAACAAAUGAGUAAUGCAGUAUUUACGGAGGUGUAUAAUAGUCUAAUAAAAAGGACGUGAGACGUUUUAUGACACGGCACAAAUUUUGAAUAGCGAGAUGCUCUUGAUUGUUUACGGUUACUAAUGUUUACAUUCGAAAAAAUACAAGUUACGUGAUUCUGCU